UUAUAUCACAGGGUGUCGACCGAAUACAACAGAGGCUCCGUCGACUACUCCGUUCCCGAUGCGAUGAUCGCACUAGCGAAAUCGCACGGAGUCACUAUGCGCGGCCACAAUGUAUUAUGGGAUGAACCACAAUACCAGCCGUAUUGGGUGCCGGGACUUUCGGCGAACGACUUGGCUGCAGCCGCGCAAAAGAGGCUAAUCUCGGUGAUGACCAAAUACAAGGGGCGGUUCAUUCAUUGGGACGUAGUGAACGAGAAUCUGCACUGGAACUUCUUCGAGAGCAGGCUCGGCCCGAACAUUUCCACCGUUUAUUACAAGUAUGCAAACAAGAUUGACGGAAGCAGGACGAUUCCGUUUCUGAACGAGUUCAACACCAUUGAGGAGAGCACCGACGGUGUUGCGUCGCCGUCGAGGUAUUUGCAGAAGAUUGAUGAGAUGAGGCGGGGAAGGUAUGGUGGUCCUUUGGGUAUUGGCGCGCAGGGGCAUUUUGGUAAUUUGAAUUUGCCGUACACGAGAUCCGCCCUUGAUAUGCUUGCUUCUGCUAAACUGCCUCUUUGGGUGACUGAGUUGGACGUUAAACCCGGGCCCAACCAGGUAAAAUUUAAAUUCUUAUAA